GAAAGUCCUGACAUCGUUACAUUGGCCACAUCCUCGCGCGUGGAUUAUAAAGCAUACCUAAUUCAAGACAGCCACCCUGCCUAAAAACUGACACUGUCACUUCUGCUCUGCCUCUGCAGACAAGGACACUUCAACCUCUGCUCGAGCAUCUUCACACCCCAGAGACUCCGCUUCUACCAACAGCUCCAACUUAAACUAAACAGAGAUGGAGGGUCACGUGGUGCUGUUUGCCCUGCUUCUGUGCAUCUCUGCUGCAGCCUCUGCCUCAAGCCAGACGUGCGAUCCUAUAAAGGUUAAUGACAACCCAUGGGUGUACGUGACUGAGGAACUAAUUGGCUGUUGGACCAGCUUCAUCGGACAGGACAACGCAGAGGUCCACAUCCUCAAACUCAACUUUGACACCCUGGAUCCCAAAAUAUUUUCUCUCGAAAUGAACAACACCAAGCCAAUGAACCUCAUCCUCACAUCACCAUGCACAUGCUUUGCCCUACACAACCUGCACCCUGAUGUUAAACUUUAUGUAAAAAAUGACUCCAGAAUUACCCUUCAUGCUAAUGUAAAGCACGACAACGUCUACAAGAGAGACUUUCCCUCUGAAGAUGAGGAGCUGGUCAAGUGGGCGAGUCAGGAGUUUGGGGGUGUAACUUCAUUCACCACAAUCCGAAACCUGAAAGUUGUGACGUCGACAGGAACAAAAGUAACCAAACCUGGCUCCUCUAACUGCACACUGAGAAAUGAAGAUGCAUCAGAGAAGCACUUCAUGAAGAUUGAAACAGCACCCCUGGCUACAUCUUGCUCCCCAUCACCACAGAACCCAAAUGAUGAAACUGAGCUUCACAUCAUAAACAUCCCAGACAGUGCCAAACCUUGCAAUGUAUCAGUUCGGUUUGGCACUAAGAAGACCAGAGUGUUCCUGAGAGGCCCUCAGGGCACCAUAUGGACCUUCAUCAACCUACUGCACACACAGUUUGUUUCUAACAAUGACAUCAUGCUGCUCGCCAUGAAACACAUAAUCUCACCUACAAUUACACUGAACAGCGGCAAUGCAGUGGAUGUGCAGAGGAAAGCUUUAGAUUAUUUCAAAGCCAGUACUUUCACCAGCUUCACUGAAUUCAGCCCAGAGUAUCCUAUGGUCCUACUGGUCCUUAGAGACAACGACAACCCUGAAGUUACAAAAACUUCACCAGCAGUUACCCCCACCACCACUAAUGCCCCCCAUCAGAUGCCCCUGCUGAUGCAGCUGUACACCUCCCCAGAAUACCACUCUCCCAUGGACCCUAACACCAAGGUGCAGAGUGACAAGAGAAUUUAUGCAGAGAUCUCAUCGCAGACCUUGUGGGACAGUGUGUUGACCAUCAAGGUGAUCAGCUGCUUUGUGCGCUCCACUGGCUCAUGCCCUGUAGUGAAAGAGCUGCCCUUCAUGUCAGAGGCUUGCUCUGCACAUUUGUGUCCCAACAGCACCCGACUGAGCUUCUCCUUAGAUCAGCUCCACGAACUGACGACCACCACGUGGGACCUGGAAUGCUCUGUCAAAGUUUGCUACAGUCAGCACUGUGGAGAUGGAGGAAGAGUGAAGAGGAAUCUGGAGGUUACCCAGCCGUGUCUGCAACCACCAACCCCACAAUGCUUUGAUUUCCGCUUACCUGGCGUUCUGGGCAUUGCAUUUGGAGGCUUCCUGAUUGGAGUAUUACUUAUUGGAGCACUGUGGUUUAUCAAAAUAAAAACAGGUUACCCAACUGGACUGGACAUUAGCUCAACUGCAGCUAAUCUUCCUGGAUGUCCUUGCUCAGGAGCUAAACGACAACCAGUUUCUACCAACCCUUCCCCUUCUGAGAACAGUAGCGCCAAUGCUAGCAUUGGAAGCACCCAAAGCACACCGACCAGCAGCAUGGCAUGAGACUAUGGUCAUCUCCACCUCCAGCAGAGCCACUGUCUUCCUUCAAAGUCACUUAUACGGGUUAUGUGCUUUUUUUUUUUUAUCAUUGCUUAAAAAGCAUUUCCACUUUAAAUUAUCCUUAAGGAGCACAACUUAUGUCUUUGACCCACCAAGCCUGAAAUGGAUGUGUCCGGGGAGUUUUUUUUUUUGGUGGAUUGGAGGGGCUAGUAGCUGCGAGACGGAUAACAGAAGUCUAAUCAGUGGUCUCUGACGCUCACCUCUGUAUCCUCUCUGUUAAGUCAAGCUGCUAGACAGGAAGUUAAAGAGGGCAAGAGGACAAAAAAGAAAAUUGGCUCCCAGCAACAGGAAAAACAAACCAUAUCCCCCAAGAGCUUACAGGAAAUUCACUGCAUUCCUUCCAAUGAAUUGUGCUUGCGUGAUGGCGGCACAAUAAUAGUUAACAGGAGACAAUCCAGUCGAAAGAUUGUCUUUGAAAAACAGAGGAAAAGCUGUUUUGCAUUCACAUCUAAGCUUCUUAACUCCAAAGGGCUUCUGGCUAGGUCAGUCCAAAGUGUUAUCAACAACGUCUCUGGGACUGAAAGGCUCAUCAUGUUAGGAUCUCAAACCCGCCAAUGAAGUGCUCACUUAAAAGGCUAUUCGUCUUUAUUGGAGUUUGAGGUCAAUAGUUAACAGCUACCUCCUGUUAUUUAGAAAUCUGGAGCUAAGUUUAAACUUAAAACUAGAUUUCUCUGGUGAAUUGAUAUUAUUUUCUGCUUUAUACUUAAUUUUAUGUUUUAUUCUGUCACUUUUGGUUAAUCUUUUUGUUGAUCUUCUGGGUCAUUUGUAGCUCACAAAACAAAGUUAUGGUGGUAAAGAUCCUUUUUAUGAACGUCUGUCUUUCAUUGUUUAUUGAAAGUUACAUAGAAAUAUACUUACACUACUUAAUUACUCAAUACAAAUAUCAUACAUUUUAUUAUUUCCCUCAAGGAAGCAAUAAAUGAUGCACCAUUAAGAGGAAAAACGUGUAAGCUGAGAUGAAAUAAUCACUGUUAAAAUGCAAAUCGCAACAUGAAGAUAUACAUGGCUGUAUCCAGAGCUGAGUAAUGUGCUUAUAAUGAGGAGUUUGUACCAAAUCUCUGACGUCAGACUUUUGCUUUAUAAGGAUUAAAGCGCCACUAAUACAGCUACGCCCACAGGGUGGAGUUUCCCCAAAAUAGUCUGUCUGGAUGUUGAAUUUCAGUACUUUUCCUUUGCACAUAUCCAUUUGCAGUCCAGCAAUAUUGCCUGACAAUUUGAUGUUACCACCAUUUUUAAGCAUACUAUGAAUUAUACGUCUGUGGUAACAUCCUUAAACAUAUACA